AUGUCCCGCAAUUUAAUCGACUUUGAUGAGCAAUUUUCCGAUUGUCUUUCGGCUCUCGAUGUCCUCGUGGGCCUUGGCCACGUCCUCAAGAGGGUAGACUUUGUGGAUGGUGAGCUCAAGCUUCUUGGACUUGAUGAGGUCGAAAAGUUCAGAGGUGUACUUUUCGAGAUCAGCGCGCUGCGAAACAUAGCCGUUGACUACAGGGCGCAUCAAGCGGACGUUCUUGGGUGUGAGACGGAAGAGGGCCACAGGGUCCACGGCACCAGACUAGAACUGUCAUUUGGUCGUGUCACUUACCGCGUUGCCAAAGGAGACGAGAGUUCCCUUGAGAGCAAUCAGCUCAAGGUCUCCAUCGAAAGUAGCCUUUCCAACACCAUCAAAGAUAACAUCCGCGCCAUGUCCACCAGUGAUCUCCUUGACCUUGGCAACUACAUCAUCAUGAGAGUUGAUAACCCACCCAGCACCGUUCUUCUUUGCGAGCUCAAGCUUCUCAUCCGUGCUAGCAGUACCAAUGAUCUUGGCACCGACAGUUCGCACAUCAUCGGGGAUCUUGACGGCAUCAGAAGCGUUGACAACGCUGUACUGAGCAUAGGCACCGACUGUGCCCAUAAAGACCACCCGAGUACCGUUCUCGAAGCCCUUGACAGAGGAGUGGACAUCAACGAUAGUUCCCGCAGCUUCACGACCGAGCGUAAGAGGGAAUUGAGGUGCCUUGUAAAGACCAGAACGGAAGUAGGUAUCUAUGUAGUUAAGACCAGCGACCUGGUUGCGCACAAGAAUCUGACCCUCGCCAGCCUUGGGAACAGGGACAUUAUUAUGCUCAAGAACCUCAACACCGCCGUUCUUGUUGAUCUGAACGGCCUUCAUGGUAGAUGGAACGGGAGCCAUUUUAGCGGUUGA